AUGUGGUGGCUAAGACACACUCAUUCCAACACUGAAUCAGAGAAUACAUUAGAGCAGUUUUCGUAUUCGAUUAUCCCGCUUCAUAUUCACCACCGUAGCUUUACGUCAAGCGUCGAGGAACCUAGUCCGGCAAUCCCUGAAACCAUUCGACUGCUCAGGAUACUACCACGCAGAUACGAUGCUAUCUCGUACACCUGGCAACAAGACGAAGUCAAUGGCGGAAGCAAAAAUAAACAGGGAGAAAUAGUCUGUAACGAUGCGCGUCUCUUAGUGGGAGUAAACCUGUUCAAUUGCCUCGAACAGCUGGAGAAGAAUGGCCGACACUACGACCAGGACCUUUGGGUUGAUGCAAUAUGCAUUAAUCAAGGCGACGAAGCCGAGAGAAACCAGCAGGUCAGCAUUAUGGCUGAUAUUUAUAAGUUAGCUGAGCGCGUGGUUGUGUGGCUUGGCGCUGCUGACGAGUUCACACCGAAAGCGUCGGAGCUGAUAGAAAGUUUGAGUCGAUUAAAGGGUGAUGAAAUUAUCACCAUCACUCCUCAAGCAUUCGACGACGCACACAACAAACGCUUGCUGGGAUGCUCAAAUUCGCCAGAACACUGGAAAGCACUGGCCCUACUAUUUGGGAGGAGAUGGUUUACACGGGCAUGGGUCGUUCAGGAGCUCAUUUUAGCUCGUAAAAUAACUAUCUUGUGCGGUGAUCAUACCUUCGACUGGGACAAGAUGGUUCGCGUCUCGGAUUUCCUGGCAAAACGAACUUCGGCCAACACGUUUAGAGAACAUCUAUUUGAUAACAUCGACCGCCACUUUCUUUCGUAUAAAAAUCCUACCAAAUUGGAUGCGAUCAAGAGGGAUCGUUGUGGCCAAGCCAGCAAUGCUUUCCUCUACACGUUGGUUCGAUGUCGUACCUACGAUGCUCGGGAGAAGCACGACAAAUUGUAUCCAAACUACCAUGGAACUGUUGCAAAGUUGUAUACGGAUGUCGCCAAGUAUAUCCUAGAGGCCUCGGAGGACCUGCACGUCCUUGCACACGCCGAAGGCGAUUAUUUCAGGGAAACCGAAGGCCUACCCACAUGGGUGCCCGAUUGGAGUGUAAGGAAAGACCUUGGUCUCAGAAUCACUGGAUAUACUAGAUAUAAUGCCGCCGGCACCCUACCAUGUUUCUACAAGAUCCAAGACGGAGAUAGGCUAGGACUACGCGGAUUUGAAUUAGAUAUAAUUACUCGAGUAGGAGAGACAAAAGAGGAGGUCAAUCGUACUAAGAACUGCAAGGAUUGGUUGGAUCUGCGCGAUGAGCUUCAACGGGAGUAUCCCGCUGCAGACUACAAGGACGCCUUUUGGCGUACACUUCUUAUCGACACAGAUCCGUCCAGGACAGUACCGAUCAAACAACCAUGGGAGAAUGCCUUCAAUAUAUGGAUGGGCCUUUGUGAUUACGAGCCAUCCAAGACUGGCAAGCAAAAGGCUGCCGAGUAUGAGACCUCAUUCACGCAUUCCUUGAAUCUGCGCCUGUUUAGAACAGCCCAGGGGCAUCUGGGCUGCGGAACUUCGUCUUGUAAAAAAGGUGAUCUGGUAUGGAUCGUUCAGGGCUCAAGGGUACCAUUAAUUCUUCGACUGGUGCCGCAGGCGAAAACUUAUGAGCUUGUUGGCGGAACAUACCUUCACUGGUUUAUGCAAGGGGAGGCAUUGGAUGAGCGGGAACUUCAGGGAUUUACUUUGGUUUAGUGUAUUAUAGUCAUAUGGUUCUUAACGUUUGCUAACGAUAU